CUAGUUGUCAUUUGCCUUUUGUGUAUACACCAGAAAACCUUCCUACUUGGAACAAGUUCAUUUUCUCCUUUCCUAUUUUCGUUAUCCUCUGUCAAUCCAUUUCCAAACCGCAAAAUGUCUGAAGCACUUGUAUCCUUCCUUGUAGAGCAGUUGGGUUCCAUCAUCUUCCAACAGGUGGAACAAAACGUGAGACUUGUUGUGAAUGUCAAAAAAGAAGUAGCAACUCUUACCCUCAACCUCGAAACUAUUCAAGCUGUGCUGGCGGAUGCAGAGAGGAGGCAAGUGAAGGAGGCCAACGUGAGACGCUGGCUCAACAAUCUAAAAGAAGUGUCGUACGAGAUAGACGAUGUGGUGGACGAGUGGAGCACUGAAAUCCUGAAAAAACAAAUCGAGAAACAAGGUGAAAAUGCUGUUGUACCUAAGAAGAAGGCAGGCGACAAAUCAAGCUGCAGGCUGUGAGCUUUCUUUCUUCCCUACAAAUAGUAGCUGUUAUAUGUACUCUACAAACACUGCCGGACUUCCUGGGCGUUAUACUUGACAUGAGGUCACUUGAGCUUCUACCUCCUUUAGGGACAUUGCCAUUCCUUGAAGCGUUGGAAAUACAGGUCAAUGAUAAUGACAUUGCCAUACCAACUGGCCCUGACUAAUGAGGAAUUUAGAAAUCUUUCUUACAUCCCAAACAUCCAAAUUGAUAAUGACCUCUGACUAUUGAGUGAGGAGCCAGCUUCCACCAAUCUCAUCCACUCUUAUAUUCAGGGAUUGGGAGGGUCAAGCCUCCAAGUUGUAAUGGCUGGAUUCCCUAAGACCGAAUGCCCCCAUCCUCAGGAAAUUGCUUUGGCUCCCACAGCAAGCUAAAAGCAUUUACAAUGGCAUUGGAACUUCAAGCUGAUGGUUGAUAUAUCAAGUAGUUUACAAUCAGGUCCUUACAAUCAGUUCUUUUUGUGGUUUAUUUCUCUGUCCUUGCCGGAUCCUCUUCCACUCUUCUAUCCCCCAAGUUCACUUGGGGUAUAGUCCGGGACAAAACAAGUGAGGAGUGGGCCAAGAUUUCUCACGUCCCAGGCAUCCGAGUCGUCGAAUGGUGAUUUGACAAGCUGUGGCGAUUUCAGGGGGCCAGUUGUUCAGUGGUCUUCUCUUCUAGGAUCCAAUAAUAUAUACAUGUCUCAUCGUCCACAAGCUAGGUCGACUACUGAUUGAUGACAACCUCUGCCACUUGUUCACUUCUCUUCCAGUAUUUGGAGGGUCAAGCCUCAAAGUUGUAAUGGUGGAUUCCCUAAGACCGGAUGCCCCCAUCCUUAGCUCAAAUACUGAAGCUUAAAGCAUUUCAAAUGGAAUUGAAAUUUUCAAGCUGAUGAGAUUUACUCUGGGGAAACAGAUUUUACUGUCACUACUAGCUAGGCGUGAUGUUACCAACGAAGCAAUCCAAGUGGUGACCUGGUUAGAGAUAUCCUCUGGUGCUGAAACUGAUGCUGAAACCCAACUUCCUGUCAAGUGUGGGUGUCUUUACCCAGUUGGCUUGAUUUCUUCAAGUUCAGCAGAAAGGAUUGCAAGCACUCUUCUGUGGAGUAAAUGGCAAGGUCAGGUCUUUAAAUUUCUGAUGAUUGGACUCGAUGGACAAGAUAAUCCCAAACCCUCAGGAAAUUGCUUUGCCUCCCACAGCAAGCUAAAAGCAUUUACAAUGGCAUAUGAACUUCAAGCUGAUGGGUUGAUAUAUCAAGUAGUUUAUAAUCAGGUUCUUACCAACACCAAGUAUGAAAGAGAAUUUAAGAAUGGAUGUGACCCUGAAUUCCAUUCCAUGGAAACACUCUCUGGGGAUGACUCUAGAUGGCUGGUAAACAUCAAACAGUUAUUUCAGGAAGCUUUGGGAGGUUGUGACCAUGAGCUCUCAUGCAAGGAAGUUCAACACCAGAUUUUUUCUUUGGUUGUACCUAGGAAUGUUAUAAUCUACUUAAGGCGACCAGUUGGUAGUGAAAUUGAUAGUAACAUCAUUCAUCAUGUGGAUAUUGCUUCUGGCUUGUACCCUAUACUGUUCUGUUAUCCAAUCUCGCUAGAAAGGAUUAAUCAUUUUCAUCAGAUACCUGACAGGGAGUGGUUUAAAACUGAGGCUGUUCUUCGUGUUAGCUUGGGAAACUUUCUGUUCUUCACCAUCCUGUCAGUUGUGAUGAUUGGUAUGAUGAGUCAAAAGGAUCCCCGUGAUAGUAUCCACCAUGGUGGAUGGAUGAUGAAAGCUACUUACUGGUUCCUUUUGGUGAUCUUCUCAUUGUUUUUCAAACCAAACGGGAUUAUUAGUUUCUAUGGAAAGAUGUGCAGGUGCUGAUACUCUCUCUCUUGUUGCUCAAAUAUUACAUAGAUCCAAGGCUCAUCUCCAGACAAUUCUUUUUCAAAAAAAUGCUACUGUAGUUGAAGAUUUCUGUGAAUUUGGAGGAGAGAAGAAGCACAUGCACUUCUGAAGGAGUCCCUUGAAUCGUUGGAGGACACCGGUGCAUCUCUUAUGUUGAAAUAAUGAGUGCUGAGCCUCAAAACCAGAAUAAGAAGGGAAAGUUUACCAACGCAUAAGUGGAAAAGCAAGAAUAUCUUUGCGAAGCAGUGCUGAAUGAGGAAGUCUGAAAUGAUGAGGUUGUGGAGCCCAAUCAGCCCAUAGUUCGAGUUAUUUUUCAACACACUAAGGCAACUUAGUUCAUAUAGAGAAACAGGAAUUUAGGAUUUUUGUCAUAAGCGUGCUAGAGAAGAAGAGGAGGAGAAGGAGGAGGAGGUGGUGGAGGAAGACGAAAUCAAUGAAGAAGAGAUUAGAACUGUUGAAGCCACUAAUGGCUUAAUGAGUGGACUGUAUUUCGUGAUCAAUUGGCGAUGGCUAUGUUUGCUGACUAUCAAAGAUUCAAAGGCAUCGAGCUUAACAAGCGCAGCAAGAACAAUGAGACCUUGCAUAUAUAUGUUUCAUAAUUUCGAAGUUCCGUUGUGAUAUUUAGGAUGUUAUCACUAUAAUGUUAUUAAAAUAUUGACAUUUUAAGUCUAUGAAUUCAAGCAAGAUCAAAAUCGAAUUGUGACUGAAA